CCAAUUUCCACCCACUUUUCAUAACCACCAACACUUCUUCAACAACAUAAAUAAAAGAUGAAGCAUUUUCCUAGUGUUACCGUCUUUCUCUUGGUGCUUCUUCUCUCAACAAAUGAAGAAAUAGGAGGUGGAGUAAGGAAGAUAGAGGGAAAACUAUGCCAGUACCACAGCGAAACCUUUCAUGGGGUUUGUGUGACGGGUAACGUUUGCAAUCAACACUGCCAACAAGAACACUUUGAGGGUGGACGUUGUCAUGGUUUUCGUCAUUAUCGUUGCAUGUGUUACAAGACCUGCUAGAAAUUAAAUGCUUACCCUUACUAUUUCUAAUAUAAUGCUUUUUAUAAAUAAAAAUUGCACGUGUGUAAUGUAAGGAUGCUCAAUUUUCUUUUACGUAUAAUAAACUUUUACGUAGUUGUAAUAA